AUGGAAAAACUUGUUCGUUGUCCGACGAUCGUGCUGAGGGUAAAGAUUCAUGAUUGUGACGACUGCCCCAAAAAACUUAAGAAACUAUUGCUACAACUCGCUGGGGUUCAUUGGGUGGGUGUGGAGCCAAAAAAGGAGAGAGUGACUAUAAUAGGGGACGUUGAUGAUCCAGGGACGCUGAUCAAGUUUCUGGAAAGCAAGAAAAUCAAAGCUCACCUAUUAUCCUACGACAGUAACAAAAAUGUUGAUAGUGAAAAGACAGAAAAGAAGAAAAAUGUUGGAGAACAACAACAUACUUGUGGACAUGGUGAUCAAAGUAAGGUGGAUGAUUAUCACAAACCUCAUCAGAUUGAAGCAAUUGAAGCUCCCCAAAUUGACCCUACAAUUUGCACUGAUAAUUACUGCCCGAUCCAUAAACGCCGACCCAUCAUUCACUUCAAGGUGCCCUCCAUUACCAAUGUUGAUCAUCCUCACCAUUCCCACGGCCAUCCUUUUCCCGGAGCAAACAACCCAAAUCAGGCUCCUACGAUGGAGGAUCCAAAUUUUCGAUUCGAUAACUUGAUGAUGCAACAUCAGACGCUGCCAACAUCUUCUUCAUCUACUUAUUGUUUCCCACCGUUGGGACCUCGCCAUCAGAUGUCUGGAUAUCGGAAUUUCAGGGGUUACCCGGGUGGUGCUCCCUACCCCGGGAAUUUCAGGGAUGGAGCUUCUUACUACAGGGAUUCUUACACAUAA